CUUCUCGCACUUCUUCUGGUGUAUAGACAUAGCAGAAAUGGCGAGCAACGAAUCAGCUUCACCCUCAGGGGAAGCGAACAUCCCGUUGUUGCUGCAAGAUCACCCACUACCACCUACUAUUCCAUUAAAAGAUGGCCAAGACCUCGCUCAAAGGGUUUGGAUUGAAUCUAAGAAGCUCUGGCAUGUCGUUGGCCCAUCAAUCUUCAGCCGUUUACUUUCUUAUUCCGUAUUCAUCCUCACACAAGCAUCCGCCGGCCAUCUCGGCGAACUCGAGCUCGCUUCUAUGUCCAUUGUCAUAAAUGUCAUUCUAGGAUUCGACGUCGGCCUCAUGCUGGGCAUGGCAAGCGCCUUGGAAACACUAUGUGGGCAAGCCUAUGGGGCAAAGAAGUACCACAUGAUGGGGAUUUACAUGCAGCGUUCAUGGAUCGUUCUUUUGGGGUGUUGUGUUGUGAUUUUGCCUAUAUUUCUUUUUGCUUCACCUGUAUUAAAGUUUCUGGGUCAGCCAUCUGAGAUAGCAGAGCUCUGUGGUGUUUUGUCUUUGUGGAUGAUACCCCUUCACUUCUGCCUCGCGUUUCAGUUCCCUUUGUGGAGGUUUCUGCAGAGCCAGUUGAAGGCAGAUGUUAUUGUCUGGAUUUGCUUAAUGGCAGUGGUUACUGAUAUUGUCAUGACUUGGUUGUUAGUGCACAAACUUGAGCUUGGUGUGAUUGGAGUGGCUGCCACCAUUAAUAUAUCAUGGUGGGUUCUGACUUUAGGGCUUCUGGCUUACACUGUUUUUGGAGGUUGCCCUCUUUCAUGGACUGGUUUCUCCAUGGCAGCCUUUUCUGGUUUAUGGGAAUUCCUCAAGCUCUCUGCUGCUUCCGGGGUCAUGCUCUGCUUGGAGAAUUGGUACUAUAGAAUACUGGUACUGAUGACAGGAAAUCUAGACAACGCCCAGAUUGCCAUUGAUGCCUUGUCCAUAUGCAUGGCCAUAAAUGCAUGGGAGGUGAUGAUUCCUCUGGCGUUCCUUGCUGCGACUGGAGUGAGAGUAGCGAAUGAACUUGGAGCUGGGAAUGGAAAAGGAGCCAAGUUUGCAACCAUGGUGUCGGUGGCUACGUCGAUCAUAAUAGGCGUAGUGAUAUGCAUCUUCUAUAUGAUCUUUCGCAAUCAAAUUAGCCUUCUCUUCUCUUCAAGCAAACCUGUUCUUGAGGAAGUCAACAAGCUUUCUCUUCUCCUAGUCUUCACAAUUCUGCUGAAUAGUGUUCAACCUGUUCUCUCAGGGGUGGCUGUGGGGUCAGGUUGGCAGGCGUGCGUGGCAUACAUAAACCUAGGCUGUUACUAUCUUGUUGGUUUGCCUUUAGGGUUUUUGAUGGGCUGGGUCUUCCAUCUGGGGGUCAUGGGUAUCUGGGCAGGGAUGAUAUUUGGUGGUACAGCAACUCAGACUGUGAUAUUGGCCUUCAUCACCACUCGGUGCAACUGGGACAGGGAGGCGGAGAAAGCAAGCUUGCAUAUGAAGAAGUUGGAUGAUCAAAAGCCUAAAGAGAAAUUGAUAUUGGACAACAACAACAACGAGAGUAGCAGGGCUUCUCCAUCUCCAUCACCCUAAUGGGCAAAACCCAAAAAAAAAAAAAAAAAAGGAUUUGAGAUUCAAUGUUUUCCUUGCUGCUUUAUUUAUGUUGGAUCUUAAAUAUGGGAACUUUUGAUUCUUCAAUAAGAUUAAAUCCAGAGGUAUUUGUAUUAUUGAAUUGAAUCACUUUAAUUCUGAUUUGAAACAUGUUAUAUGGCAGGACAUUCUCUACUCAGUGUUGACCUCUUUCCCGGAUUACACUUCGAACAGCAAAACUUAUAUCUUUAUGUGGCCUUUUGUGUUUUUUCCGGCCAACUUU